AUGGAAAAAUAUAGAAUACUGGGGAAAAAAGGUGAGGGUACCUUUUCCGAAGUAUUAAAAUGUCAAAAUGUACGUGAUGGAACAUUUUGGGCAGCUAAAAAAAUGAAACAAUUAUAUAAAAGCAUGGAUGAAAUUCAACAAAUACGUGAAAUACGUGUCCUUAAACAACUUAAUGGUCAUCCGAAUAUAAUUUUUCUACGUGAAAUUAUUUUUGAUAAACGAACUGGUACUCUUUGUUUAAUAUUUGAAUUAAUGACUAUGAAUUUAUACGAAUUUAUUCGUGGUCGACAACGAUUAUUACCAAGUGAAACUGUAUGCAAAUUUAUGUAUCAAUUAGUUAAAGCUCUAGAGUAUCUUCAUAGACAUACAUUCUUUCAUAGAGAUGUUAAACCAGAAAAUAUUCUUAUUAAAGAUGAUAUUUUAAAAUUAGCUGAUUUUGGAUCUUGUCGACAAACUUUAUCAAAACACCCGUAUCGAGCACCUGAAUGUUUAUUAACAGAUGGAUAUUAUCGUAAUCAAAUGGAUAUUUGGUCUGCUGGUUGUGUUAUGUUUGAAAUAAUAACCCUUCGACCUCUUUUUCCUGGCACUAAUGAAUUGGACCAAAUUAGUAAAAUUCAUGAUGUAUUAGGUACACCACCAGCUAGCACAUUAGAUAAAUUUCAACAUCGAAAUUCUGCAGUCGAUUUCAAUUUCCCUCCUCGUCGUGGUACCGGUAUUGCUCGUCAUUUAGCACAUUGUUCAUCUGACACAAUCGACUUAAUUAAUCAAUUGUGUGUAUAUGAUCCGGAUCAUCGUAUUUCAGCAACUCAAGCUCUUCACCAUACAUAUUUUGAUGUCAUAAGAAAUCAAGAAAAUGAACAAAUGCAAGAACAAGGUGGUAGUUUAUGGAAUGCUGCUCUUCGAGUAACAAAAACAAGUGAAGAUCGUUAUAUCCGAUCUGAUUCAAGUAGUAGUGGAUCAAGUGUUGAUGAGCCAAGUACAUCACCAAGAUCAAAUAUGUAUAAUUCAUCUGUAGGACAUCCACAAACGCUCAAACCUGAUUUCAAAAGAAUUCUUUAUCCUCCACCGAAAGCUCAAUCAUUGGUUGAUACUCGAAUUCAAGGUCAAUCAAUAAAGAAGCCUAUGCAACAUAAAUAUAACACAAAAACAAAAUCUACAAUUUCAAAUUAUCAUUAUUCUCAACCACAUCAAUCUCAACCUUAUUAUAGUAGUUUCUCAACAGUAGGUGCCGAUGGUUUACCUAAUCGCUCACCUACAAAUAUGCAAUCGAAUAAAAGUGGUCCAAUGUCUUUUUUACCACGGAUAUCGGGUGCUUCAGCAUUUUCAAAUUAUUCUACCACUACUGCAAAUUCUACAUUGAUAACUAACAAAGUAAAACGAAUUAAAUAA